AUGGUCGCUGGAAUACUUGAUAGAAUUCUUCCACAUGGCGGGUCUUUAAGCCACCCAGAUUCAUUAUUUGCCUCACGAGUCACUACAUAUGAAUUGGUGCUGAAUUAUACUGUUCCUGGUGAUUAUAGCAGCUAUACAUCCAUUGAGGGAUCUGAGUAUUUGCCCCUAUGGAAGAUCGGAUGCCUCGGUGGCCAAAAUCGGUUUGUCACCGAGUUAAAGGAUCCACGCGCUAAAAGGCUGCAUGGUUUGAAUCACUACAUGGGAUUUUUAUGGGUCCAAUUCAAGCAGCUUGUUCUUUUGCACAUGGCUAGCGUUGAUAUCCGAAGCUUCUGGUUGGCUCUAGAGAUCACCACUUCUCACUUUGGAACCGAUCCAUAG